AUGAGUCAACAUUACCCACCUCCACCUCCGCCUUCACAGCCCUAUUAUUCUCAAACAGAUACAGAUCAGCAAUAUUACCCUCCUCAGCCAGGAAGGUAUUCUCCGGUUCCGCAAUCUCAACCACCCGCAUAUGAUCAGGGAUCAUUUCGUGGUUCGGUAGCAGAAAAAUGGAAUCCAAGACCAAAAUACCAAGGCAUUUAUAUUGGACUACAUUGGCUUAUAAUUAAUGAGGCACUGAAGAAGGGGAACAGUUUUUUUCAGCCUGAAAUAAUUCCACCAUUAGUUAUUGCCGGAGCGGCUGGAAUUUUAUUGAGUGUUAUUUAUUUGCUUUUAAUGCAAAGGUUCCCGCAACCACUCAUUAAAGUAACAUUAGUUCUGUCAAUUGCAAUGUAUUUUGUUGCUGCUGCUAUUUUUUUCCUUGAUCGUUCUUAUUUCUUGUCAAUUAUUUUUGUAAUUUUUGGAAUAUUAUAUUUGAUAUGCGCCUUUAGCUGGCGUAAUCGUAUUCCUUUCGCUGCUAUUAUGUUAGAGACAGUUGUAAGUAUCACAAGAAAAUAUUAUGGUGUCAUUAUAAUGGGUUUUAUAGGGUUAAUCUUUCAGGUGGGAUGGUCUGUCUUGUGGCUUUUGAGUCUGAUUGGAACUUAUCAGUAUUUAGAUGCAACUUAUUGUACUCAAGGUGUAAAUGGUCAAAAGACCUGUAAAAAUACUGGUCUCUUCUACCUAAUAUUCGUGUAUUUAUUAUUCAGUUUCUACUGGACAAGUCAAGUUAUAAAGACUAUUGUUCAUGUUACUUCAUCAGGAGUUUAUGCAACAUAUUACUUCCUUGAAGGCACACCUCAAGGAACGGGCUCUACUCCGACUCUCAGCUCAUUUAAGCGUGCAACUACAACCUCUAUAGGUAGUAUUUGUUUCGGAAGUUUAAUCAUUGCGCUCCUUAAUACUACUAGAGCAAUUUUGCAAACUUUUGCGAAUAGCGAUGAUGGUGCUUGCGGUUUUUUGGCUGUCUGUAUUGCAUGCUUGUUAGCAUGGAUUGAAUCCAUUGUCGAAUACUUUAAUUUUUAUGCUUAUGUUGAAGUUGCAAUGUAUGGUAAAUCAUACUGUCAAGCUGCUAAAGAUACAUGGACUUUGAUCAAGGAUCGUGGUGUUGAAGCUAUUAUCAAUGAUGAUCUUAUUGGAAAUGUGUUGACCAUGGGCUGCCUCUUAAUUGGUCUUCUUUGUGGAUUAUUUGGAUUUCUUUACUUAAAAUUUGCUAUAUCCAGUUCAUCGAUUAAUUCAAAUUUAAUAAUCGUAUUUGUUAUAAUUUGUGUCAUACUUGGCUUUAUGAUGAGUGUUGUUAUUACCGAUUCCAUUCAUUCUGGUGUCUCAACUACUUUCGUUGCUUUGGCUGAAGAUCCAGAUGCACUAAGAAGAACUAAGCCUAAUACUAGAGGAAUUAAAAAGAUGGUUGGAUCAGUGCAUCCGAUAGAUAUAACUCCGCUUUGCAAGAUAAAUACUACUUAUCAAAAUAAGAUUAAAUUUGUGUAUGCAAAUAUUGCUAAGAGAUAUUUAAUUAAUCUUCAAUUAAUUAAGAAGAA